AUGACCCAGCUCAUACGGUAUCUCAUUGCUGAUUUGGCAAAUACUUCGCCUAAUAAUCUGGAAUUUGCCUCUGAUGAAAAAUCUCAAAGAGCUUUUAAAGCCUCGAAAAUUAGUAUUGACACCAAUUCAAAUCGAAUAGUGAAGGAAACAUUAUUUCAAAUCGUGACUUUGGAGAAUAUAUCUCAAUCAAAAGUGUCCAAAUUAGAUGAACUAUUAGCUGCUGAUGAUUUAGACUCUGUUGGUGCUGAUAGGCUACGUGGAAGACAACAAAGAAUCAUUAGAAAUGUUAAUGUUGAAGAUCAAGAUAAUGGAGGAGGAGGCGCGUUACCAACAUCUUCAAAUGCUUCAAACUAUUUCAAAUUAACAUUACAAGAUUGCUUUGGUAAUUUAAUUUAUGGUAUUGAGCAAGAAAAACUACAGUUUUUAUCUGGUAAAAAUUUCAAGAGUGGGUUUCCUAUCCAGUUAGGUUCAAAAGUUUUAAUUGGUAAUGCUAAGAUUGUUCACGGUGUAGUGUUAUUAAAACCUUCAAAUACUGAAUUUUUGAGUGGGAUGGUUCAAAUGUGGAAUAUUGACUUACCUAAAAAGCAUAUAAACUAUUUGAAAAAUGAAUUGGAGAAAAUAAAAGCCCAAAAUCAAGAUCAAGAUGAAGUUGAGGAAUGA